GACACAAGGACCCAGAAUUCCCUGGGCUGCUCUGGUUAAAGUUUAUAAACCAGGAUAUUUUACCAAAUAGGACACCAGGAGCAGAUUCCUGAUUGAGAUAAUUCAACAUGAGGACUCACUGGUCCACGGUAGCUGGCCUGAUUUUAGAGUUUUGUGUCUUUUUGUCCUCCAACUCAAUCAUGCCAAAACGUGGUAACUGUCCAAAAGUCUUUAAUCCCUUCGUGCCAGGAAAAGCAUGUAGAUUUGACAGAGACUGUGAAUGUGAUGAUAAAUGUUACGUGUACAGCUACGGAGCUGUCUGUGCCCCCCCAGUUUCAACUACACUAGGGUGUCUGAUCAACGUAAAUCAGAUGCCAAUUUAUGAUAAGGACUGUUAUUCUGACAGCGACUGCCGAUUUGGUGAAAAGUGCUGCGCUACUUGGUGUGGACACUUGUGCAUGUCUUCAAAACCAAUGAAGCCAGGAGAAUGUCCCGAUUAUGUGUGGCGCACCCGCUGUUUUGAUCACUGCCAAAAUGAUGACGACUGUAGCAAUGAGCUGAAGUGCUGUCCAUCAAAUUGUGGCCUUUCCUGUGUAAGUCCCACUGUCCCAUCAGUCCCCAACUCUUAGUCUUAAUCUGGACAAGAAUACAAGCAUAUUGAACAACAUCUCAACAUUAUGAAUGUGAGUGCAUGCUUAUUUGAUGAUCUCUUUCUUUUAGGGCUAGUUUAUUCGUACUGAGUUCUGUCACCUUUAAAAUGGAUGAGAAGUCAUUGUUAGAUGUUACUUUAGAGAUCGUCAUUACAUUCAACACAUUGCCUUUUUUGUCACUUAUGUGCGAAAAGGGGUUUUUCCCUUUUCUGACUGCAGAUCCCAAUGCAGCGUAAAACUGAUGUAAUGGGAUGUCUGCUGAUGCGGCAUCGAACCAGCUCAUUUAACCGCACCUAAACCUUAAUGUUUUGCUAUUUAUAACCUUCCCCUCACCCUCAUCCUAACCUUAACCCUCUUGCUACCUAAAACGUUACUCGCACUCCAUUCUGACUGUGAAUUUUCAUAUUUGCCGCCCAAGGGGAACGUUAGAACAUACCAUCUGGCGAGGGGGAGGUUACAAAUACCCUCUACUUUUACCAUCCACCUUGGUAGCUGAAACCUUCCCUAAUCAUGUUUUAAAUUUAUGAUGUAGAUCACUUAACUUUUGCAGUUGACGACUCUCAUCCUAAAAUAAGUCUGAAAAAGUGAUCAGAUCACUGAAAAACAAAGUGAUUUGUUGAUAUGAUGUUAUUUAAUCUUCUAGAAGGAAAUUAUUGCUUGGAAAUAGGAAAGUGCUUACUGAUCUUUUUUUACAGAGAUGGUCAAGAUAUUCAGAGUUUUAUUGUUGUUACACUAUGAAGCUCAUAAUUUGUCUCUUAUUGUGAUUUCAUUAUUUCUUCUUAACUUUGUAGCUCGCAAAGAAAUUUAAGCAAACAAACCAAAAAUAAAUAAAUUAAAACAAUCAAAAAUGUGUAUAUCAAU